GACUGUCGGCGGUUAAAGAACUUCUCGUCUCUGAAGGCGAUCCUGUCGGCGCUCCAGUCUAACGCCAUUUACCGGCUGAGAAAGACCUGGGCUGCAGUCAGCAGGGAUAGCACGGCCACGUUUGAUAACCUCUGGGAAACUUUUCCUGAUGAGAAUUGCGUCCUGACCAACAGAGAGCUGCUGAUGGAGGACGGAGGCCAAGCUGCAAGUGUGGAUAACGUUUCUCCAAAGAUAUCCAAGCGGUGUCUGAUCCGCAGACAGAUGGUAAGACAUACGUCAGCAUGAGAAAAGAGCGACGUGUUUUCAAGACAUGAGCUGAAGCCCAGUGUCAUAAAUCUGAAGCAAGUUUCCUUUUUGUGCCACAUUAAAGGGUAACUUCAGUAUUUUUUAACCUGGACCCUGUUUCCCAUGACCCAAAAAUGA